AAAUCGUUUAUUUUUAAGGACUUUCAAAGUCGAAUGAAAAAAUCGUAAAGUUGAAAUAAUUUGAUAAAAUGUAGAUUGAAAAAAGUGACUGUAGCUGAAAAUUGUCUGUUAAUCAUAUGUUAGUUACGUUACGAGGUAACCAAAACAAUAAACAUUGUACAGAUCGGUUGAUAAACUAGAGGGAUUUUAUGAUUGCACCAUAACAUCAAGAUCUUGUAGAUCUGUGAUGAAGUAUGCAUCCGUUUGGGUGUGUAUUCUUACAUUCUACAACUUACAAUCCUCGUCGCUAGCUGCCAUCGUCCCUCCGCCAUGGAGUGAUCCAAACAAAAAUCCUUGCGCCAGUGAACCGGGAGGCUGGCAGUUGCUUUAUUGGGCACCAUUGAAAAAAUGUUUUAAAAUAUUUCAACUUGGAUAUCCAUGUCCGGACACGAUGGAACUUAGCCCAGUCGGGGUUGGUCACACAAGUACUGGUUCAACGGCUGAGUGCAGGUGCCCUCCAGGUACGGCACAAUCACCCCUUAGCAAAAAGUGCCACACUCUCUUCGAACGAGGACCAUGCGACUUCGGCCAGUAUUUCGCACCAAUAGCAGAUUCGGAGGUCAAAAGUGCCAUACCUAAACAACGUUGGGGUAUAUGCAAAACAACAGAAAUUUGUGAAACCGGAAUGGUACAUUGGCCAAAAGACAAUAAAUGUUACCAACUAUACACCAAAGGACCUUGUCCUAAAGGAAAACUCAUUAGUUUAGAUAAUAACGGCAUCGCAAGAUGCAAGUGCGAGAACGAUGGUGAGCUAAGCAACUAUUUCCACGAAGAAACGGAAAGUUGUCACGAAUUUUUCACCAAAGGUCCAUGUUUGAGAUCAGGAGAGCUGUUUCUACCUUCAAAGAAAUGUGCCUGCCAUCAACGACUGCCACAUUUUCAUAACGAAACAAACCUAUGUUAUGAACUUGGAACAAUUGGUCCAUGCCCAAUUGGACAUUCUUUCAUUAUAGCUGACAAACGGGGUCAACAAGAGGUCACAUCGAUGAAAGCGGAAUGCCGAUGUAAAGAGAACUAUGUCAAAUGGAAAGAUGGAUACUGUUACAAACUUUACACCCAGGGGCCUUGUGAACCUGGAUCGUUUGUUAUGAAUUCUAAUGAGUGCAUGAAAAAUCCUUGCGAAAAAGGAAGACUUUACUUUCCUCAUGAAAAAACUUGCUACAGAAUAGGAUCUCAAGGUCCAUGUAGUUUACAUCAAGUCGUCAUAUUUGACUUCACAACGCGCCCUUCUUUGGAUGGAAUUUCAUACAAUGGCAUUUGUGGUUGCUCUGGAGUUAUUCAUAAUCUUGACCAAUCAUGCACAGAAGACGAUGUUCCUAAAAGUGCGUGUGAUAGUACACCUGAUAUGGUAGAAAUCAGCAAACAAUGUUAUAAGCUUUAUACUCGUGGACCUUGUGGUCCUGGUCAGUGGUUAGAAGCUAAAAAAGUACCGACUAAAAUUCGUGCCGCCAUGUGUGUGUGCAGACCUGGAUAUACCCCAUACGAAGCUCCGUUGCAAAAUGGCGUAAUUGGUUGUCAACCACCCAGUAUUGGUCUUGCCAGGUAUUUGAAUAGUAUUCAUCUUAGAAAUUCAAAAGCAGAAAAUCUAACGCUAGGAUCUUUCUAAGAAAAUGUUAUAGUUCUAACACGGAAAUUACUAAUAACUAACGGUAGGUAACCUAAACAUUAAAAUUCCUAAAUAACAGCAUGGUAAAUCCUUCCUUAAUGAUGGUAUUAAUCGCACAAUUUAGAUAAAUGUUUCCAAAAUUGACAAUCUUUGGAAUAUUCUUCAUUUUAGAUGGUUUAUGAGUCUUCUUGGAUUAGCACCGAUGGAAACCGAAAGUUAUUGAACUGCCAGCUAGAAAGUUAAACCAACGGAAUAACACUAGUUUAAAAAAAUUAUAAACAGAUUGGCGAUAAUGUACUGCAAAUUAUGCUUUGAAGUUGCAAUGCACGAGACAACCUAAGUCUAUACAUAACGUUGUAAACGAGUGCCAUGAAUCUUAAAAAAAUAUUUGCAACCGAGAUAUUUCAGUGAAUCGUCAGUAUCGACUGAAUAGGUUAGUUGAAAAAUUAAAUAAAAUAAAAUAAAAUAAAAACAAAAACGAAACAUUACCAAAAAAA